UGUUAAUUUUUAUCUAAGCAAGGGAUCGAUGUAUACAUGCUAUCUGGGGACAAAAGCAAUAACGCGGAGUACGUCGCGUCUGCUGUUGGUAUUCCGAAAGAGAAGGUGAUAUCUGGUGUUAAACCGACGGAAAAGAAGAAGUUCAGAAUGGAACUUCAGAAGGAUCAGAACGUCGUAGCAAUGGUUGGUGAUGGAAUUAAUGAUGCUGCAGCAUUGGCUUCAUCGCAUGUUGGAAUUGCCAUGGGUGGUGGUGUUGGAGCUGCUAGUGAGGUGUCUUCUAUUGUGCUAUUGGGCAACAGACUUUCACAAUUACUUGAUGCCUUGGAGCUGAGCAGGCUAACUAUGAAGACUGUGAAGCAAAAUCCCGAUGCCAGCACCUAAUCUUACUCUACCUUUGACCUCCCAGCCACUUCGCCCAGCCGAUACCCAGUAGCUUGAUGUAUCAAACCUAGAACAUAGUUAUUGUAGUUUUUUCUAUUUUCGUUCGGACAUCUUGUAUGUACAUUUGUAUAUAUUUUAUAAUUAAAUACUUUUUCUUGGUUUAUAUAUUAA